GGAUGAAGGUACUCCCGGCCGGGCCUCGCGUGCAGCGGCCGGGACAGAAGAUGAGAUCCCGCAGCAAGUUCCAGAAGCAGUUCGUGGAGGGCUUGAACAAGCUGAAGGUCAUCAAGCGCAAACCGAAGUUGGACAUCCGCAUGGGCAGGGUGCUGGCGAGGAAGCUCUUCGAGGCCAAGGUGAGGAUCAGGGACGACCAGUACUUCGAGAAGGGACCGAGUCGGGUGGAGGACCUGCCCAAGCAGUGCGCGACGGAGGCCAAGAAGCCCGACCUCAAGAUCAAAACAUCUUCGGAUCCCGCUCGAAGCGCAUGGCGUGCAACCUACCAGCGUCACAGCCUGUGCUCGUGCAGCAGCGCGUCAAGGAGGAGAUGAAGACGGACA